UCAAACAUAAACCACCGGCUUAAAGAGUUAAAAAGUAAUUUGAUUUUUGGGAAAGGAAAAUUCGUCAUUACUGCAAAUCCAAGAACAACAGGGCUAAAAAUGAGAUUAUAAGCAGAAAAGAAUCAGAAAUCUCAUAAAAGAGAGAGCUGGAGUAAUAUACAAAACCCUAAAGUUCCUGCAGUGAAAGGCAGACAGAGACUAUGGAGGUUGCAGUGACUAAUACAUGGAAGUCCAAUUUUGCUUCGACGUUAACUAACAUCCCGAAACCGAAAAAGGCAGCUGUGAGAAUUUUCACCGUUCGUUGCUCUUCUCCUGUCUCUUCCGAUGGUGCCGCCACUGGUUUGGCAGAGAGGCCUUGGAAAACUUCCGAUGCUAGACUUGUACUUGAAGAUGGGUCAAUUUGGAGGGCCAAGUCAUUUGGUGCCACGGGAACCCAAGUUGGUGAGGUGGUAUUCAAUACAUCUUUGACAGGGUAUCAAGAAAUUCUUACAGAUCCUAGUUAUGCUGGCCAAUUUGUUUUGAUGACAAAUCCACAUAUUGGAAACACUGGAGUAAAUUUUGAUGAUGAAGAGUCAAGGCAAUGUUUCCUUGCUGGUUUGGUGAUCAGGAGCUUAAGUAUCAGUACUUCAAAUUGGAGAUGUACCAAAACACUUGGUGAUUAUUUAGCAGAGCGGAACAUCAUGGGGAUAUAUGAUGUUGAUACACGUGCAAUCACUCGCAGAUUGAGACAAGAUGGAAGCCUUAUUGGUGUAUUGAGCACAGAAGAUUCCAAGACAGAUGAGGAACUUCUGCAAAUGUCUAAAUCAUGGGACAUUGUUGGUGUUGAUUUGAUAAGUGAUGUCUCUUGCACAUCCCCUUAUGAAUGGGUUGAUCAAACAAACCCAGAAUGGGAUUUUAACUCUGAAGGAAGUGGAGAGGUCUACCAUGUUGUUGCGUACGAUUUUGGGAUCAAGCAUAAUAUACUGAGGCGCUUAGCCUCUUAUGGCUGUAAAAUCACUGUGGUUCCUUCAAAGUGGCCUGCCCUAGAAACUCUAAAGUUGAAGCCAGAUGGAGUUCUUUUCAGCAAUGGCCCUGGAGACCCAUCUGCAGUUCCUUAUGCUGUUCAAACAGUCAAGGAAUUACUAGGGAAGGUUCCUGUUUUUGGAAUUUGCAUGGGCCAUCAAUUGCUUGGUCAGGCAUUGGGUGGUAAAACAUUUAAAAUGAAGUUUGGCCACCAUGGAGGAAAUCAUCCAGUUCGUAAUGUUCGGCAAAACCGUGUUGAGAUUAGUGCUCAGAAUCACAACUACGCAGUUGACCCAGCAUCACUUCCUGAGGGUGUGGAAGUGACUCAUAUCAAUCUGAAUGAUGGAAGCUGUGCUGGUCUUGCUUAUCCGGCACUAAACAUCAUGUCACUUCAAUACCACCCUGAGGCAUCCCCUGGCCCUCACGAUUCAGAUAUGGUGUUUGGGGAAUUUGUAGAUCUAAUGAAGCAAGCGAAGCAAAAGGCUUGAGAUGAGAUAGUUUUGCUUGAAGUGAGCUUUGCCGUAUUUUCAUGCUGUCGAUAUUGCUAAUCCAUGCAAGAUAAAAUUAGUCAUGGGCAUCUUAGCAUCAGUUGCUGGAGGUGUCUGUUAAAUAGUUGAGAUGGUUUAUAAAUUCGUGUCGUUCUCUGAAGUUAUGCAGUUUUGCUUAACCGCUGAUGAUAUGUGACUACUAUGGAUUGGUUGGAUUCCAUUUGUAGGUUAUCAUGAAUUUGCAUUCAGUAAUGUCUCAUGUUUGAUACAGUGGUAGUUGGCUAAAUCAUUAAAAAUACGCCAAACUUUGCGGGUAGUUUUAAUUAUAUUUUAAUUCUAA